AUGAAGUGCAAUCAUAAACAAGCAACACACAGAGAUUGGAUUGGAACCCUCAACGAUAUCUGGACAAAUCAUCCUAUCGCACGGAUUCAGAAACUGGCAGAUAAAAACGUUGGUACCGCUCCUGGGUUCAUCCUAUGCUUUGGACUCGGGAUAAGAUCCUCCACUUUCGGAGAGCGAUAUCAGCGGAAAGAUGGAAACCACAGUGAUCCUCUGCUUUCGUCUUGUGGCAUAAUCCUCUGCUUUGGUACUGCAGUAAAAUUGAGUCCCUCAUCUGAUGAUUUUGAUCCCGAAAAGCUAUUUUCGCUUAUAUGUUCUUUGAAUGGAACCAAACUUAAACUUAAACUUAAUGAAAUCAAAUCUCAAGCUGUCUUAAAAUUCUGGACAGAUAUCGAAAAAGCAAAGCUCGGAAACAAAUUAUUUUCUAUGCACUUCAAUGGAUUUACAGAACUGGUUGAACAUAGAAAUGAUUUAAUCCCUAAAUCCGAAUACAAUGAACUUCAAAGAUAUUCAGACUCUCUAUUCACAUUUAUUAUUCUUCUAUGUGGAGAAUAUUUCGCACACAUUAUCGACCUUGAUAAUGCGACAGAACGAGAGAAACCUCAGUUCUUUACGGUUGAAGAGUGGUCGAAAAUUAUUUCCGAAUCACAACCACCAUCAAUAAAAUUACCUAAAUCUGUUGAAGAACAACUCGACUGUUAUCUGGGGGAAACGACUAUAAAAAAAGUUCGGGAAUCAUUCGAUUCAUACAAAAAAGUAACUUUGGAAGAAGAUAUUUACACUCGUAAAGUCAUGGAGCACUUAUUAUUUUGCGCAACGACCAUGUACCGAGUCAACAUUCUGUGUACGAUUUAUUGGACCAUAAUUGAACCUUUUAUCUUUAUAUUCAAAAAUUUGGAUAUAACUUGGGGUGAAGUUUCAAGCUUGUCCUCAGAAACCCGCCGAAAUUUUCGUCUCGAAGAAGGCAAAAGACGUAGGAUCGGUUCGAAAGGUGAUGGUAUUGGAUCUUUAGUCAAUCUAGAUAAUAAAGAAUUUCUUGUUAUCGAGCUGUCUGGAGCACCAACUCGUCUCCCAAUGAGACAUACAGAGGGAGAUAAAGUAAAAAUUGAAAGAUGCUUGGUUGAUGUACUUAACAACCAUCUGGACAGAUUAUAA